CAUCACCUUCACUUCAGUUGCCUGUGCAUAUCCUACCUCUGCAGUUCUGUCUCAUAAGAAUCGCUUACACAGAACUCCUGAAGAACAAGUCUUCUGACGAUUACAAGAAGCUGGAGAAGGAAGUGACGUUAACUGUAAGUAGAACUCCUGAAAGUGUUUAGAAUUUAGAGAAGUCAGCCAGUUACUAGAGCUGAACUUGGCUUCUCUGGUUGCCAGGCUGCAACUGAGUAGCUACUUGUUUUCAGCUCAUGUUGGCUAUGAAGACUCCUCCCUUGAGGAAAGGUCUAUCUAGCCCAUAAGGAUCCUAAGUAGGAUUCCUGAGGUGGUGGUGAACUAAUACCCAGCCAUAUCAGACUGGCAUCUUUAAUGAGUAUCCAGUGCACAUACUUCUACCAUUGAACAGCCACAAGUUUGGCUUUAGUCAUGAUCAACACUACCCAGAUGCAGACAAGCUGUCUGUAAGCAAGGGGCUUUGUCCUCCCAAAUGAUCCACUCAUCUUAUGAUGAGGAAGGUAGCUCUAAUGCUUGGAACACAAUACUUGGACUGUGGUAAGGCAAAUUCUUCUAUGCAUGGCAUUUCCUACUAAUCCUUCAGACCCACAUGGACUCUACACUUCCACAACCCGCCACUCUCCCCCUGCCAGACUCUGUGCUUAUCUAUUAGUCUCAUUUGAACCUCUGCUUCACUUCCCAGUCCAAGAACAACUAGUGUCGUUGACUUCACUUCCUGGCUCUGUGCAAAAGAGUCCAGGUUCCUACAAGUCCAAACACACUUCCAGUAAGCCCUUGCUAUUCAUAGUGAAGUAGCUGUUGUGAAAAUCUGUGUCCUUAACCAGUGGCUUUUCUUGUUUUCAGCUAAACAAGAUGUUAUCCAGCUAUAAGAACUUUCUCAAAGCAAACAUUCUCCAGUUUUUGAACGGCUCAGUCAUUGUUGAGAGUGAGGUUCUAUUCCAGAGAGAUGGCCCUGCUCCCACAAACUCUGACCUCAUCCGUACAGUUGUCACAGAAGUAGAAAGGAAAAUGGACACCUUUUUUGGCUGGAGAGUAGAUAUCAAGUCUGUCAGGUCAAAUGGUUUCAGCCUUGAGAAUCUAGAACCAGAAAAGCUGUUGGUCUCAUUCACUGCUCUGAGACUUGGCUCGAUUGCAGCAUUCGGUGGUGUGGGUAGCCAGGGCCCUCUGGACCGACUAAACAAUAUGGUGGUUCAGUCUCUGGGGGCCCUGUACAAAGUGAAGAACUUCUCCUUUGUCAGACUCAGGGAUAUCAAAGGUGACCUGGAAAUCUAUGGUGAAGCCUACAUUGACACACAUGCCCAUGCUGAUGUCCACCAGGUUCUGCAAGCACUGAGGGGUCUUGUUAACUACUCUGUAGACUUGACAUCUCUCUCUGUGGAUGAUUCAAGGCUUAGCUUGCAGGUUUUCCCCAUUUCCUUCCUGAUCAACAACAGGGCAGUCAAUGAGAAACUGCUGGAUCACUCUUCUGUGGAACACCAGAACCUCACCAGGGACCUUGCUGAUGUGCUGAUGCAUGCCCUGAAGAAAUACCAAGGCCUCCUGCAAGUGGUAAUUCGAGACCUCCUAAGUGGCUCCCUGAUCUGUCAUGGCAAUGUGGUAUUCCAGCAUCCUGCCCCAGCCAGUGCAGAUGUUCUGCAGACUCUUGUUCUUUCAGUUGGUCCACAUGAUGUGUUGGCUGGGUCAGGCUUUCAGGUGGACCCAUAUUCUUUCACAGUGGCAGAUGAUCAACUGGAACCUCCCUUUGUGUAUCCAAGUUUCCCUGGAUAUGCUGUGGCAAUUAUUGUCAUGUGUGGCCUUGUUAUAAUUGCCAUUCCCAUUGUGGCUCUGCUGUACCUGAAUUCUGGGCUAUUUGGCUGGCACGACAAGGCUAUAAUUCAGGGUGGGAGAGACCAUGAAGCAGGGACACAAACAUUUGAACUGGAUAACCAAGGAUUCCGCUCUACCAUUGAAGAGGAUGAUGGCAGACAUUCAUACACACCUACAAAAUACUCUGCCAGAGAGUGAAGAUGCACCAUACAAGUUCUUCCUGGCUCAUGGACCUAAAUUUCCAACCUGCUGUAGAAACAGGAAGGUUCCAAGCACUAUCUCUGGUGGGGUGGGGGGUGUCAGCAUUACAAAUGUAAACGAUUCUGAAAUCCCUUGGAUGGUGCAAACUUUGUCAUUUCAUACAGCUGAGAAUUCCUUGUCUGCACCCUGAAUAAACGCCAUCUACACUAUAGAACUACAAAAGUAGCCACAACUGGGUUCAUUUUUCCACAUUCUGGAGGGAGGUGGCAGCACCAGGUGCAUCCUGGCUAACUUCUUGGUGGAAGAAGUGACACCACCUCCCUCCUUGAAGAAUAUCAGUGCUGUAAUAAAACAAAGGCCUGAUCCCUCAGUGAUGCUUAAAUUGUGCACCACUCUCCUCUUCUUGAGGACUAGCUGCUCCUUCCAAGGGAACAUGAGACAGACUUCUAUCAACCCAAAAUAACUCCUAGAUGAAGGGCCUCUUGACCUAGCAAGAGUUCUGAUUAGGUAUUCAGUGUGAAUAAUGCCCCAGCUCUCCCUGACUCAAGCAGAAAUCCCCCUGUGAGAUAGGAAAAUUUUAUUGUAAGCAUGCCUUUGACUUAAUGUUUUAAGUUAUGUUUUAAACUCUCCUACUUGUAUCUUGGCUUGCUACUGAGUCUGUAGCUGCAGUGCCAAAACAUUUGUCUUCUGAUGGUUGCUGUGACUAGGAGGCUUAAGAUACCUGGUUUCUGUAACUCUGAACCAAGGGCAGUCUUGUGACUGCUUAAACUAGCUGAGCUCUCUGAGCAGGGAGGAUGUCAGACCAUCUCACUCCCAGAUUCUCUUGUAGCAGUACUAGUGCAGUCUCUAGGCAACUGCCUCUCAAAUAGCUCCUUAAAUGAGCGAAGAUAAGAUUUCCCAUCUCCGUUUCCUAGAAGCUUUGCUGUGGGGCGCAGACCUCCCUCCUUGGUCUGUCACUUCCUGCUUAGGCAAGCCCUCUAGAAGCUGCUAGGAGCCCUCACUUGGGCAGGCUUUCCAGGCUCCCCUUUUAGCCAGAGGACACUCUUCCCUUUAAGAGUUACCCAUGACUCUUCUCUGGAAGAGUAACUCUUCCAUCUUGUAGGUCUGAGCAAAUACAGAAGAUCCAGCCCAGACUUGCUUUCACCUGCCAGGUGGACUCCUGCCCUAGUUAGCUUAUUUGGUGGCAGUAUCCCUGGGAUGUGGAAAUAGUGUCAGCUUGACUCACUAUAAGGCCAUGUCUCCUUAGCUGACAUGUCCUUGAAUGAUAGGCACUUCCAACUGUCUGAGAAAUGUCCCCUGUCAAACUAGGGUCACAGAAGCCAACAAGCAUGUUCUGAGGAAGUGGAGAACUUCAGACUGGUGACCUAGAUCAAGAGGGGUGAUAGUCCAGUACUUGGAAUGCUUCCACUCUUAAAGGAAUCUCCUCUUGUGCUCUUCAGAGAAACCACUUGAUUACCUAGGUAAUGGUGCAGUUACUUCUGCAUCAUGGACUGCUUGCAUUUCAAACUCUCAGCAAGCCUGUCCUUUCUUCUGAGGAAACUACUUGGCUAAACAUAAUUAUACAGAAGAAUCUGCUUGCCUUAGAAACUGACUCCUAUUGUAGUCCUCAGGCUCCAGGCCGGGGGAGGGGGGGGAAAGGGAAGAGAAGCAAACCAUAUGAGGCUGAAUGAAAUAGGAGUGGACUGUCGCCCUACUACAAAGUGCCUGCUGCUGACAGCUUUCUCUGCCACCAGCAGGAUUUUUCCCCCCCUCACAGCAAACUGGUUUAACUUGUGCCCCUUUUUUAUAUGCAUAUCUCAUAUUUGUGGCAAUUAUUUCAGAGAAUGUGUGUACUUUG